UUCCGGUCUCAUUGAGCACAACAUUUGAAUUUUACUGUCGUUUAUCUCCGUUUGUCACCUACGUCUUUUAUUUACAACAGCAGAAGCGCUUUUGGUAAUCAUAUGUCAAAUCAAAUGUUUAUUAUUUUAUUAGCAAAAGGAUUAGUUUUCAAAAUGUCCGCCCGGGUCCAAACAUUGAGUUAGCUAGAGCGUUGCUAACGAGCAGGAACAAUGAACGACGAAACCCGCAGUCUGUUCGAAAGAGUUUCUCAAAAGAUGGGCUGGGAUGGUGAAGGAGGCCUGGACACGGCGGAGAGAGAGCUGAUGAGCUUGAUUGGCAAAACUCGACAUAAUGCCACACGUGGGCAUCGAUCUGUGGAUCACUCCGCCUCUCCAGUCCAGCUUUCCCUCUCUGACUGUGAAAAUAAUCCACCGAAGGAGAACCAAUACUCCAAGACCAGCAAUUACAGAAGCAAGCCCUUGAUUGAGUCCAGUGAUGAUGAUUUUGACGAAUUUCUUGUGGCAAGGGCUACACCGAAAGCUAAACCUGCCUUACUGAAACCAUCUAGUGUUGCAAAGAAAGAUGGUUCAAAUGUUGUGGUGAGCUCGGACGAUGACAACUGUUUCGAGACGUUUCUGCAACGAGUGAAAACUCCUAUUGUCAAGAAAAUAUCAGCGAGUGGGAGUGAAGAUAGCCUCACAAAGUUCAUAGUGGAUGACUCAUCAGAUGAUGACUUUAUUAAGACAUCAACUUUGAAAGUGCCUAAGAAGAGCAAUACUCCAGCAUCCCAUCAUCCACUGAGGAGACCUCUGUCUCAGUGUGACUCGCCGGUCUUUGUUAGUGACAGUGAUGAUGAUUAUAAUGUUGUGGUCAAGAGCACUUGGAGGACUCGCCAUUCAAAACCUAAAACCCAAUCAAAGGUUAACAAGAAUGAUGCUCCACGGUGUGAUGAAGAGGACCGUUCUCCAUCACUGCCUUUCUCUUCCAUCCAUUCUCCGUUUUCUUUUCUUCCCCACAAAACUCUAACAUCACUGGCCUCUCCAAAGCGCACUCUAUCUGCACCUUCUAAGCUGCAUGAAUCUGACAGUUCUGAGGAGGAGUUCACAUCCCUACUGGAGAGACUGAAGAAUAAAAACAAGUUCACUGGCACUACAUUCUCACCGAAGAGCACCCAUGUUCCUCCUGUGAAGGGAGUUUUAACACCAGCCUCUAAACCAUUUGGGGAAACACCUCUGAGUGUGAAGACACCUGGAAAAUCCACCACCUUGAAGCCCACAGUCAGUCAGACGGAGCCCAGACCCGGCCCCACCAGCAGGUUGCCGCUGUGUAAGACCCCCGGGUGCUUCUUGCAGUCUUUAUCAAACACCGGCUCCAGCUGUGGCCGCAAUUUUAAGCAGAACAAGGAAGCACUCACCAUUAGACUUUAUCAGCUGUACAAUACCAGUGUGUUUGACAAUAAGCUGCCCACUAAUAUGUCAGUGACUUGGAAUAAGAAGAUGCGGAAAACCGCCGGUUACUGUAUCACGGGUCAGGAGCGAUGUGGAGGGAACCGCUACGCCCGCAUUGAACUGUCGGAGAAAGUCUGUGACUCUGCAGAUCGUCUCAGGGACACACUGAUUCAUGAGAUGUGUCACGCUGCGACCUGGCUGAUUAAUGCUGUGAGGGACGGGCACGGGAACUUCUGGAAGCUGUAUGCUCGCAAGUCCACUCUGGCGCAUCCCGAGCUGCCCAUGGUCACCCGCUGCCACAGUUAUGACAUCAAGUACAAAUUCCAGUACCAGUGCACCCGCUGCCAGAAUUUGAUCGGACGGCAUUCCAAGUCCUUGGACACGCAGAGGUUCAUGUGUGCCCUCUGCAACGGGCAACUUGUCUUACUGACGGCUGCCAAGCCGCGUGCUCCCACACCGUUUGCCAACUUUGUCAAAGAGAAUUAUGGGACCGUACGCCAGGAGCUAUCGGGACAAAGCCACGGGGAAGUGAUGCGUAAACUUAGUGUAGACUUUGCCUCCAAGACUAAACUGAGUCAAAGCUGAGAUCUUGAUACACUCUGUACUUGCGGCCAUGGACUGAGAUGCACAUGUUCAAAACCUGUUCACAUUCUGAAAUACCUCAGUCAACUAAGUGUGAGUGAGUGAGUGAGUGAGAGUGAGAGAGCUUUCCCCCUAUUUUUAUCUUCCUCUUAGGAUCUCAAUAAAUAAAGUUGAAAUGUGUGAA